GUGGGCGUGGCCAGGCAUUACCUAGCAUUGAUGGACAGCUGGGACGCUUAAAGCCCCAGGAGCGCAGCUGAGUUCACAAAGCACUUGGGACGUCCCUCAGGAGUGACUGCCAGGCCCCUAAAUCACAACUGCCAAGAGUGUCCAGCGCGUGAUCCUGGGCCGGCAGCAAUGGCCAGAUGCCCGUGCCGCCCCCGGAACAUGCCGCAGCUGUCCGACCACAAGUCAGGAUGAUGGCCUCAGCCGUGGCCGGCGGCGAUCGUGGGAAGUCGCUGACGCUGCGAGGAGUGGACCCCGAGACGUGCAUGAUCGUGUUUAAGAAUCACUGGGCGCAGGUGGUGAAGAUCCUGGAGAAACAUGAGCCGGGUCGCGGCGGCGCCAGUGCGCUGAGUUUCCUCUCCAGCCACGCCGGCAGCGGCGGCGCCCGCCCCGGGUCCAUCCCGCCCGACGAGGCCAGCGCCGUCCAGAACUACGUGGAACACAUGCUGUUCCUGCUCAUGGAGGAGGAGGCGGGUCAAGGAGGAGCGAUGGGUCCCAUUUUGGAGUUUGUGGUUCUGGAGGGUGUGAUGGAGCGCCUAUUCCUGUGGAGCUUGAGGAGACAGUUCACCGAGGACAUGAAACUGGAGCAGCUCAGGAUGUACCAGAUGCUCCUGACCCAGGCCCACCAGCCGCUCCUGCACCACAAGCCCCUGCUGCGGCCGCUCAUGACGCUGCUAGCCUCCUGCGGCGGCGCCGGCGCAGACACCGGCGGUCGCGUGGAAGCGGAGCUCGUCCUCCUGUUGAACCAGCUGUGCGUGGCUCUGGUGAAGGACCCCUCGGUGCUGGAACUGUUCUUCCACACCAGCGAGGACCAGGGCGCUGCCAACUUCCUGCUCUUCUCCCUGCUCAUCCCAUACACGCACAGACAAGGUCCGGUAGGUCAGCAGGCCCGAGAAGCUCUUCUGCUCAUCAUGUCGCUUUCGGCCUCCGAGCCUCGAGUGGCCCAGCACAUUGCGCAGAGCACGUACUUCUGCCCAGUUCUGGCCACGGGUCUUUCUGGCCUCUACUCGUCUCUGCCAGCCAGGUUGCAGGUCUACAGCGAAGACUGGCACUGUUUGGACCGGCCAGACUGGCAACAGGUUCCUGCUCUUGUCCACUUUUUGCACUCGCUUGGCUUCUGCAGCGCCGUCACCAGCGUGACUCAUCCUUCCAUCCGCUCCCAGCUGCUGAGCUACAUCCACAAUGGCUUCUUGGUGCCCGUGUUGGCUCCUGCCCUGCAUAAGCUGACUGUGGAGGAGGUCAUGACGACCACAGCCUACCUGGACCUGUUCCUGCGCACCAUCUCUGAGCCUGCGCUCCUACAGACCUUCCUGUCCUUCACCCUGCUGCACACCCACGACAAUGUGCACAUCCUGGACACUCUGGUCAGCAGAAUCAACACACCCUUCCAGCUGGGCACGGUGUCGCUGGCUCUGUUCAGGACACUCAUCGGUCUCUUCUGCGAGGACGUCAUGCUGCAGCUCGUCUUCAGGUUCUUGAUUGCUUGUAGCCACCUGAGCAGGAAGCAGCGGUCCUCCUUAACGCACAAGGCCUGGUGCUCCUCAAGCGCCGCCUCCUUCCUGCGCCUCCUGCCCUCCUGGUGCCCCGUCCACCUGCCGAACGCAUACGGAGCCUCGGAGCGCAUCCGCUGGCCCAAAGGAGCAGAUGUGUCGGUGGCUGACAGCGUUGGUUACUGGCGAGGCUCAGACUUCCUGAUGGAAGUCAACUACCUCCAUUACCUCUCGGACGCCCGACGGGCCAUCGCCGCCUCCAACAGGGCAUGUCAGCGGUGGUCGGCACCUUACGACGGCCACAAGCCGCCACCUGCCCAAGACCGUUCCGGCACGGCGGACGACACCAAUGGGGACGACAGAGAACGGCGACUAAAGAGCAACUCCCCUGGCGCCUCUUCCUCUGUGGACGUCGUCUCCAAGAGUCACCAGGCAGGAAGAGCCGGCUCUGCUCUGGAGCUGGAGUGGGAUGACCUUUUUGCAGAUGAGGAUCCGUCAUCGUUGGUCGGCAGCUCUGUCGCACCUUUGCCAUCCUUACCCCCUCGCCACAUCCAGGAGAUGCGACGCAACGCCAUCAAGCUGGUGCAUGGCGCCUACGUGGAGGAGGGUGAAUUUGAGGAUGACGUUCUGGUCUACGAUCUGGUCGCGCAAAAAGACGCCGAGGCUGCUAUUUUGGAAAGAAUGACUGCUGCAAAUCGACGAGCGCAUGGAGGCGCCGUCCCCUCUGCGACAUCAGGAAGGACGGUACAUGAAACCGUUAACUGCAUCAUGUCGUCACGGAGGAUGAGCGAGGAUGGAGGAAAGGAGGAAAGAAGGAGUGAGGAUUACAGAAGCCAGUCGAGGGAGACAUGUGAGGACCCCAACGACGGCAUUACUGACGUUUGUAUUGCAGACUGCGCACUGGACGCUCAAAAUCACAUUCCAUUCAAUGGGCAUCCAAUGUUGACAAACGCAGACUCCACGUGUCAGCUGCCAAAUGUGCUCAACAACAAAGUCCAGCGUAACAAUGGCGACUUCCUGUCCCAGUACUAUGAGCUAAUGCGCUCUUUAGGGGCCGAGCCGGAGUGUGAAAACAUCCUGGACGACGUCUCCAACUUUAGGAGGCGCAUUCAAAAGCUGAAGCAGAGACUGGUAGAGGAGGAUUGUGGAGAGAGAGAGGAAUGGGAAGAGGAGACGAUGGAGGAGGAGAAGGAAGAAGAUGGGGAACGGCACAGUGUUCCAUUUACAGGGCCCUUUAUCAGUGUUCUGCUGUCCCGGCUGGAGAACCUUCUGGACAACUCCAUCGCUGUCAACCUGCUAGUGACCGGCAUCCUGGCUCAGCUGGCGUCGUACCCGCAACCUUUGCUGAGAGCGUUCCUGCUCGGCACACAAACACAUUGGCAGGCUGGUGUGUGUACACUGCACCAGGUGCUGGUGUCACUUCACGGCCAAAUCGAGAGCUACAUCCGAGCCCGACCGGAGUACCCCGCCUUGGUCACACAGGCGUGGAGGUUCUUGUUGGCAAAAGACCAGGACAGCAAGAUCAGAGAAAGCCUUCAGUCUCGGUGCAGCGAAGAUCCGGACCGCCCUCUUCCCAACGGCUCCGUGAGGAACUCUCUUGCAGCACCCCACCUCGGCCACCUGCCGGCCUGUCCCGCCAUCCCGCCCCAAGAUAAGAGCAGAGUGUUCGCCAUUGUCCUAUACGCAGAAUUCCUGAAGGAGCUGGCCGGCAUCGCCUUGGAGCAUAGCAUCGCUGCAGACUGGACCACAGAGGAGUAGAUGUGAAAAUGGCAUUUUAAACAGUCAUUUUAUUUAUUUAUAUGUCCUGGAAGCCCUUGAAUUUUUGGACUCUGCAGCAAAAUGCGAAUAUGAUUCUAUUUAUGUUGAAUACAAGAACUGCCCCUUCUUUUCAUUGUAUCUUUUGGAUUCAAAAUGUUUUUCCCCCCUAUAAAUCAUACAAUUAAAACAUUGGUGCUGUAAAUUAAAAUGAUAUGUCCAAAUGA